AUGCUCCGCGACCGGGACAACGCCGAAAUGCCAUGCAUUCUGUUCCACAAUGCCUACCGGGAUUUCGGUGGCAUGCUGCGCAUCGACAACGUUUACACGUUUACCAACGGCCUCACAAAGCCGAUCAAGCUCGAGUACCAACAAAACGGUCAAGAACACGAGUACAUAUUCAUGGCCGGCACAACGGUCGCCCAAGACGACGACAUAGCAACAAUCCCGCACAUGGUCUACGUGUACACCACUGUCGCAAUGAUUGGAAGCAUCACCGUGCCUCCCCGCCACCAGCAACAACAAUCCAACCCACUCACGAUUGUCGCCGUUUGCACGACGGUCGGCCCCCUGCAGGAAGUUGGCCCAAACAAGACGGUCAAGCGCGACAUCACGUUGCUCGAUGACACCGGCACGAUUAGCCUCACACUUUGGGUCGCAUACGCCGAAACCGCGAAACCCGAGUGGCAAGGUCAGACCAUUCUGGUUCACCAAUUCGUCGUCGCCGAAUAUCUCUACGUGAAGUACUUGGCCACUACGUAUCGAACCACACUCGAUAUCGACCCCCCAACACCCGAAGCUACUCGCCUCCGCCAAUCGUUGCACCAACAAGGUCGUCUGCCUAGCACCAACUAAAAUACAUAAUCCAUAAAAUUUCAUCGUUCCUACCAGCCCACUCCCCCGGACCCUAGUUAA